GUUGGCAACUCUGCGUCCCACUGCAAAAGGUAAACAUUGCAUAAAUGACGUGUAGGGUAGGAUGUUAAAAACCCUCCAUUCAAAUCUGUUCAUUUUCAUUUUGAAUAACAAAACCUUUUCAAUUUAAUCGCCAAGUAUGUGAUCAAAUGAUUACGAUAAGAUAAGUUAUGUAGAUCUCCGAGUGAAAAAUGGUUUCCCUAAACUUUCCUUUUCUAUGUCUCCUAAUAUGUUCCCUUCUAUCACUAAGUACGCAAGAUAUCGCCCAACUGCCUCACUGUACCGAGGAUAACAAGCAAACAGAGUUAAUAUUUGUAAGCACACUUGAUGGAGCGUUUUCUGCUCUCACCUCCACGGGAACUCUGGCUUGGCAGAUUGGCACGGGACCUGGUUCUCUGUUAAACUCUAAUAUACACCAGUUAGAGUUGUCAAAUAAUGGCCAAUGGAUUCGAAUUAUACCUUCGUUGUCGGGCAGUUUAUACAAAUUUAACGGAAUUACUGUCGAUCCACUACCUAUUUCCGCAGAUUCUUUAUUAACAUCAUCCUUUCGAUAUUUAGACGAUUUGGCCGUUGCAGGUGGUAGAGAGGUUCGAACGUAUGGGGUUGCGUUACAUACAGGACAGACUCUGUAUGAAUGCUCAUUGGGAGGAUGUCAUAAUACAACCGAGUAUACAGAGGAUGUGUUGGAUGUUAUUAUUGUCGAACGGAAGACGCACACAGUUCGUGCUGUCGAACCUCGCACUGGUGUUGAAAGGUGGAAUUUUACCGUUGGUCAACACAACAUCAAAAUACCGUAUUUAAGUUGUGUCAACACUAAUAUGAAAGUAACCAAUAUAAAUAUAAGCGCCGUCUUACCCGAAGGUCUUUUGUCGGCGUCCCAUAUGGAGAAACCCACUAACAUUAUAUGGCAAUACAAAUUUGAUACGCCGAUUGUCGCGAUUUGGAGAUGGGAUGGCAGAGAAGUGACACCGUUAAAUUUGUUCAGUUCACCUGCGGUUAUGGUGUCAAAGAAGAAGGCCGACACACCGUCUAUCUACGUAGGGAUGCACAACAAGCAGUUGUAUAUACACGAAUCAACGAGCAUGAAGAAUAUUUUGCACCUAAGGCAACGAGGUGGUGAUAAAGAUUCGGUUAUAGAAAGUCAAAGUUUGGCUAAAAUUCCAUGGAAACCCGUUCCGGCAGUUCUCGAGAUUGAUGGAAUAGAUAACGACACAGAUGAUUCAACCGCUUUGUCAGUGUUAUAUGGGUCCGAGUAUGUCAAUGGCAAUGGAUUUUAUCUCUAUACAGACGAGAAACUUGUUUGUGGUAACAAUGGGACAAAUUCAACAAUCCCACCAAAAGUAUCACAGGAGACUAUAUGGGAUUGGUGGAAAGAAGCUCUCGUAAUUAUUAUUACGUUGAUGUUUAUUUUCAACAUGGUUUUCACCUACAAAUUGCCGCGGUUUUAUAAACAUGACAAUGUGGUCCUUCCUGCUCCGCCAUCCGAAACUGACGAAACGGCAUUCACCUCCAGAUACAUGACCGAAUUUGAUCCGAUCGCAUGUUUGGGUAAAGGUGGUUUUGGAGUUGUGUUUCAUGCCAAGAAAAAGUUCGAUGAGUGCGAAUAUGCAAUCAAAAGGAUUACUCUACCAAAAAGGGAAACGGCCAAAGAUCGAAUGAUGAGAGAGGUGAAAGCUUUGGCAAAAUUGGAUCAUCGUAACAUCGUGCGGUAUUACAACGCUUGGUUGGAAUCUCCUCCAUACGGUUGGCAAGUCGAGCACGACCAGCGCUUGUUAAGCGAUUUUAGUUCGUACAAUUCCACCAGUGCUCCAAGUCGCCUGUUUUCGACAUUCGCGAAAAAUGUUGAAUCGCAUUGCUCGUUUGAGACCGGAUUUUUCGACGAGUACAACAGAAAUGAGAGCGUUGGCGAUGGUUCGUCGAUUGUUUUUGAAAAUAGUGCGAAUACUCCAACAUCAAAACGCUCUAAAGAGAGCACUGUUUCAAAGUACAACCAAAGGCGGGAUUCCAAUUCGUGUACUGUAUGCAUUUCGCCCAUAUACCUGUAUAUACAAAUGCAGUUGUGCUGUAAACAAAGCUUGAAAGAGUGGUUAAGCACUUGCUCUGUUAGGGAUCGAAGUCAGUCCCUGGCAAUAUUUGGGCAAAUAGUUGAGGCUGUGGAAUAUGUUCACUUCAGACAUUUAAUACAUAGGGACCUGAAGCCCAGCAAUAUAUUUUUUUCAUUGGAAGGGCAAAUAAAAGUGGGAGACUUUGGAUUGGUUACCAGUAUUAAGGAGUAUGAUGCGGAUGAUGAUGACGAUUACUCCAAAUUAUCCCUUAAAAAGAGUUAUACAAAUGCAGUUGGGACACAUUUGUAUAUGAGCCCAGAACAACUAAACGCUCAGCAAUACGACUCUAAAGUUGAUAUUUAUUCUUUAGGUAUAAUAUUGUUUGAACUCCUAGUUGCAUUUAAUACUGAAAUGGAAAGGGUCAACGUUUUAUCAAAUGUGCGUCAACGUAAGUACCCUAAGGAGUUUACUGCAAAAAUUUCGAAAGAGCUUCCUUUGUUGAAUUCCAUGCUGUCGAGUAAUCCAAUGGAGCGUCCCACGGCGACGGGCAUUAGGGAACGGCUUUGUUUGGACGAUUCUAAUAAAAUGGAUGACUCAAGGUUCAACUUCAAUCUGCCCACUUCAACUUUUGUAAAUACGUUAGUUAAUUGAUACUUAAUUAUUUGUACAUUCCUACGCUUUGUUAAUUUAUGAAUAUAGUUAUAAGGAAAUAA